CGGGAUGCCUGACGUCGGGCGGCUGGGAGCGAUGGGGUCACGAGGUCAGACUCUCACCUGGGCCCUGCUGCCACUGGUUUUGCUGGGAAUGACCGGCUCAUCACAGGGCUCCCUAGUGAAAGUGAACAGGGGUUUGAGAGUGAGGAGGGGUCAGUCGGCCUACCUUCAGCAAGAUGAUCUGCAGUUCCACAUUCCCCAUCAGAAGGAUGCGUGCAAGGUGGAGGUGGUGCUAAAUGAGCCCAUCACGCAGCGGGUGGGAAAGCUUAGGCCUCAGGUGUUUGACUGCCACUAUCUGGCCAAUGAGGUGAAGUAUGUCCAUAAUGGAUGUCCGCUGCUAAAGGAGGACACUGUGAUGCUACGACUCUACAGGUUGACCGAGACAGAGACGUACAUGGAGGUGUUCUCCCUCAACGUGGACAUUGUGGAACCCGAAUGCAACAUCAUCAAACUGGGGCCCAAGUCGCUUGAGGUACCUGAGUUCUACGGCCUCUCCGACACGGUGGACGGUAAUGUGGUGUCCUUCAGCUAUGAGAGGAGAAGCAACCUGGAGUGCAGCAUCCAUCUGAACAGCCAGGACACACAACUUCCAGCCCACGGCCAGCUGGUCACCGGUGAACCAGAGAAGGCGACCAAAAGAGGGGAUGAGCCUGAGAGCUUCAUCCCUCUACGGCAGCAGUUAGAUAAUAAAGCCCGAGCGAUGUGUAGAACCGACAGCUGCCUGAAGGGUCUGAAGUUAGUGAAGAUCACCAAAAUUCCCUGUGACGAAUUCCUGGUGAUGGGCCUGAGGUACCAGCACAUCCAACCUCCGUCUCCAAGCAUUGACUUUAUCAGAGUCAGACUGGACCUCAAGGACACCAGAAGCGGCAGCAUAUAUCAGUCCGAGCAUGCCUGGAUACCCAUAAGAAUAGCGGGCGCCGUACCCAACCAGCCUCCCAAGCCGUCCUUCAUGUCCGUGUUUAUACUGGAGGUCGACCAGUUUAUCCUCACCCCCUUCUCUACCGCCACGCUCGAUGCUGAAGACGAGGAAAGUCCGAAGCAGCUUUUGGUUUUCAACAUCACCGUGCCCCCCAAGGACGGGUUCAUCAACCACCUCUCUGACCAUACCCGGCCCAUCUCUUCCUUCACCUGGCUGGACCUCAAUGACAUGCUCAUCGGCUAUCAACCCCCCAACUCAUCUCAUGCCCAGCGCAGAAACUACGAGGUUGAAUUUGAGGUCCACGAUUUCUUCUUUGAGAAGAGCCAGUCCCUGGUAGUUCACAUGUCUGUCAGGAACGCAGACACCAACGCCCCCAGAGUGUCGUGGAAUACGGGGCUUAACCUUCUGGAGGGUCAGUCUCGAGCAAUCACGUGGGAGCAGUUCCAGAUAGUGGACAAUGACAACCUGGAGGCUGUGCGCGUCAUCACCGUGGAUGGCCUGCAGCACGGCAGGCUAACUGUGAGAGGUGGAAAGGGCUUCAUGUUUACUGUGGGUGACAUCAGAGCAGGCGUGGUGCGCUACCACCACGAUGACAGCGACACCACCAAAGACUUCAUCAUCUUUCGCAUCACUGAUGGCCGCCACCAGACCAGACACAAGUUCCCAAUCAACAUCCUCCCCAAAGAUGACAGCCCUCCUUUCCUCAUCACCAACAUGCUGCUGGAGGUGUCCGAGGGCCAGACCGCCCUUCUGAGAGGGUCCAUCCUCCAGGCCUCGGAUAUGGACUCUAGUGAUGACUACAUCCUCUUCAACAUCACCCGGCUGCCCCAGGCCGGGGAAAUCAUGAAGGUCUCAGAGCCGGGGCUCACAGGGUACCCCGUCAGCCAUUUUCUCCAGAAGGACCUGUCCCUGUCGGUGGUUUACUACCGCCAUCUGGGGAACGAGGUGUUCGAUGACUCUUUCGAGGUGGUGCUUUCUGAUUUUCACGACCCCCCCAACCUGUCUGAGCCUCAGGUGAUCGUGGUGCACAUCGAACCUGUGCCAGACCAGCCACCCAAAGAGGUCCCGGGUGUGAGCCGGUGUCUUGUGCUCAAGGAGACCGAGGUGGCUUACUUGACAAAGCUGCAGCUCCACUUUGUCGACCAGGAAUCUCCGGAUAGCGAGCUGACGUACAGUGUGACCACCCCGCCUUUCUACACGACCUCCUGCAGCAGCCCUGAUGCUGGGAGGUUGUUCCUUGUUGACAGCAUUCCCAAAUUUACCAAAGAUCCAACAGCUCCGGUGCUGAGACUCUUCACACAACAUGCAGUGAACUUCAUGAAAGUUGCGUACAUGCCUCCCAUCCUGGACAUCGGCUCGUACCCCCAGCAGGUCCAGUUCGUCCUCUCUGUUACCAACCAGCUGGGCAGAACGGUCACCGGCAUCUGCUUUAACAUCACCAUAUUACCAGUGGACAACCAGGCCCCCGAGGUCAGGACCAACCCUGUGACGGUGGACGAGGGGGGAGAGUGCCGGCUUGGUUCUGAACAUUUGCUGCUGUCGGAUGUGGACUCCGUCGAGGAGCUGUUAAAGGUGGAGCUCCGCAGGGAACCUCAGCACGGCACGCUGCAACUGGCUGGCUUUCCCUUCACCCCAGGGAGGGCUUUCACCGUGCAAGACCUGAAAAGCCUAAAAGUUAGAUAUAUUCAUGACAGCUCAGAAACUGUGGAGGAUGACAUUGAAUUCACUGCAACAGACGGAACUAAUUCAGUUGAUUUUGUUCUGCAAGUCAAGGUGAGACCUGUCAAUGACGAGGUCCCGGUGGUGGUGGCCGGCUUGAGGCCUGUACUCGGCUGUGCAGAGGGAAAGGAGGUGGUCAUCACAGCCGAAUACAUCUACGCCACUGACGCAGACAGCGACAACAACAGCUUAGCAUACCUGAUAGCGCGCCAGCCAUACCAUGGUGUGGUGCUCAGAAGCGGCGUUGUGGUCGAGCGUUUCAUUCAAGCAGACGUCUCGGCAGGGAUCAUCUCCUACAGACACACCGGACUAGAGGUUGGACUCACCCCUCGCCAUGACACCGUUACAUUUGUGAUCUCUGAUGGCGAAAUGGAAAACGCUCCUUCGUGCUGUGGCAGAGGACAGCAGGGUAAAAGCAGCGGCAUGGCACAUCUGCCUGUGUAUGACCUCAAAAUCACAGUGUUUCCAGUUGACAGCCAACCACCUUCCCUCACAACAGGAGAGAUCUUUACGGUGGAUGAAGGGGGGGCUGCCCCAGUAACCGUUUCUCAUUUGAGGGCCUCUGACGUGGACACGGCCCUGGAGGAGCUGGUGGUCAGUCUGGUUUCUCCGCCUCAGUUUGGCUAUAUUGAAAAUGUUCUACCCAGCCCUGGCUUUGAAAAAAGCAACAUGGGAAUAAGCAUAGCCUCCUUUUCCUACAAAGACAUCAUGGACGGACACGUGAACUACGUGCAGUCCAGACACCAAAGGAUGGAGCCCACGGCAGACCAGUUCAUGCUUUGUGUGUCCGAUGGCAAGCACAGCUCGGCCGAUGUGCCGUUCCACGUCGUCAUUAGCCCGACCAACGACGAAAUUCCAGAACUUGUGGCGAGGAACAUCACUGUGCGAGAGGGAGGCAGGAAGGAGCUGGACUGGUUGGUUCUGAAUGCGGCGGAUCUGGACGUCCCAAAAGACGAGCUGCAGUUCGUCCUGGUCAAGGCCCCCCGGCAUGGUCGCAUCAUAGCCCACGGUGGUGGAAGACCUGGUGGACGGUCUACCUCCAUGACAACAGAUGCUGCUGGAACGCCCGUAGAAGACUUCACCCUGACAGACCUGAGAAACGGGAUGGAGUUGAUGUAUGUGCAUGACGACUCUGAGGACAUGAAGGACAGUUUCACCAUUCAGCUGACUGACGGGAAGCACCAGCUCCAUAGACAAGUGAUGGUAGAAGUAUUGCCGGUCAACGACGAGGAGCCAGUGGUUGUAAGGAACAACGGUCUGGAGGUGGAACCAGGAGAGGCUAGGCUUAUAUCCAGUGUUACUCUGUUUGCCCGGGACACCGAUACUCCCUCUUCAGAGGUCCUGUACAUGUUUGAGAGUGUUCCCAACCAAGGAGUGCUUCAGCUUAAGGUGGGCCUAGACUGGGUGACCCUGAGCGCUGGGGGAAACUGCACCCAGGAGGCUGUGGACAUGAACCUGCUGCGCUACCUACACACAGGUCUACACGAUGCUUCCACACAGGACUUCUUUGUUUUCUGUUUGCUGGACGGAAAGAAUCGAUCGCCUUCCCAGCGCUUCCACAUCGCUCUCAAAGAUAUGGAGAAAGGAAACAUUGCCAUUUUUGUUAAGCCAGCAAAAGUCGCUCUCGGAGAUCGUGUGGUUCUGACAACAGAUAUGCUGCUGGCCACGGACGGCACAGACAAGCCCGAGGAACUUCUCUAUGUCAUCACCUCCCCACCUGCUGAUGGACACAUAGAAUAUAUCAGACAUCCUGGGCUGGCCAUUUCCUCCUUCAGCCAGAUGGACAUAGCAGCAAACCUCGUGGCCUACGUACAUGACAACAAAGCCACUUUACCUACCGAAACUUUUAAGUUUGUUGUCAGUAACAUCAAGAGCAGCCGCAACGGAACGUUUGAGGUCGCAGUGGAAAUGGUGGAUCGUGUGUUGCCCUCGCUAUCCCACAACGAAGGCCUCACGAUGCCCCAGGGCUCCAGCAUGACCCUCGGCCCCGAGUGUCUGACCCUGUCUGACCCAGAUACUCCACCUGGUUACCUGAUCUUUGUCCUACUCCACCCUCCACAAUAUGGCCAGUUGUUUGUCAGGGGGGUCCAGCUGACUGCCGGCUCAAACUUCAGCCAGCAGGACGUAGAGGAUUUGGAGGUAACGUACAAGCAUGGUGGAGGCCCGUCGCAGAUCGACCGAUUUGCCUUCACCGCCUCGGACAGCACGAAAAGGGGCUUUCUGCUGGAUGGGCGGUUACACACGGAGCCUGUGUUCUUCACCAUCCAGAUCAAGCCCCUGGACAACGUGCCCCCGGAGGUUGUGAGACUCCACGUUCUUUGGAAGGCGGAGCGUUUAGCUGACGGCCGCUACGGGAUCUUCCUGUCAUCGCGGGAGCUGAAGGCGCGGGACAGCCACACCAGCGAAGAAGAGCUCGUGUUUCGCAUCGUUCGCCCGCCCUACUUCGGUUACUUGGAAAACGUCACGACAGGAGAGUUUGUGCUGCAGUGCUUCUCUCAGACGGACUUGAACAAGAGGGCUAUUGUCUACAUCAUCAAUCCCACCAGAGAGUCUCUCUCCGAUAGCUUGGAGUUCAGAGUGUUCGAUCCUCUAGGGAACGCUGGCCCUUCCCAUACACUUAAACUCCACUGGUCCAGCGUGGAGCUGGCUCAGCCCGAGUACUCGGCAUGCGAGGACCAGAAAACCGUCUCGCUGGACAUCGUUCGAAAGGGCAACAUGGCAGAAUCCUCAUAUAUCACCACCAAGAUUAAUGAGAUUACUGCCACCGCUGGGAAAGAUUUCCUGCUAGGCCCGUCCUCCCUCAUCCAGUUUGACCCAGGUGUGUCAAAGAGGAGCUGGCAAACUGGGAUUGUUCAGGACCAUCUUGAGGAGGCUGAAGAGAUGUUUGAGGUGGCGUUGAUGUUGCCUGAAGGUGCAGUGUUGGGAGGCAUCUCCAAAACUCGAGUUACAAUCUGGGACUCUGGAAGCGGGCGGUGCAGGAGACAGCAGGCUGGGGAGGCUCCUUUUCUCCGGGGGAAAGAAGUGCAGUCGGAGGCCUACCCCCAGCACGGAUCCAUCCAGCUGGAGAAGCUCCCCCUCGUCCCAGGUUCCCAGCUCGUCUGGACUCGUGGGGAUGGCCUGUCCAAGCCUGAACCAAGUCUCUCGAGAAAGAACCUCCGAGCGAUGGGCAACCCCAAGACGAUUUCACCUUCAUCGGUUCAUCGCAACGGUACCGACACUAUUUACACGUACCACGGCGUCAUGCAGAUGCAAGUAGAGGACGACAACUCCCCGUCAAGGAAGGGGAGGAAGGCCAGUGUCCGGGUGGUCGGCAGACUCCCACAGCGGACGUCGCCAGCCGCGACAAAGGCUGAAUCUGUCCCACAGCACAAGACCACCAGCUCCAAUGGCAUCCCGCGCUUUACCUGUGCCCCUGCCACAGUGGACAACACCGUCACCAAGCCCUGUGUGCCGGAGCUCAUGGGCCUCCUGCACUUCAACCAAACCAGCAGCCAGCUCCUCCACUGCAAUGGAGUUUCAUGGAGACCCUGGUCACCGACUGACGAGAUGGUGAGUGCUCAGAUGUGCCACCAGGGCUGGACCUUCCAUGGUGGAUACUGUUACCUCCUCAGCAGGGAGAACAAGGCAACAUGGAGCACCGCUAACAGGGCCUGCAGGGAGAAAUACCAAGGCAACUUAGCCAGUGUCCUCUCUGAGGCCGAUAUGGACUGGUUGUGGGACUUCAGCGGGAGGAAACCAUUUUGGAUCGGUCUGAAUGACAGGGAGAGGCGAGGUCGCUGGGAGUGGGUGGGCAGAGAACCCGUAAGCUACACGAACUGGAGGAAGACCCCGCCUCGGUCGAAGAUGAAGGGCAGCAAAAAGUGUGUCCUGGUGUGGAGGAGGGCCAAAUGGCAGAUCAGAGACUGCAAGAACAGCAAAGGGCACCACUACAUGUGUUCUGUCAAGACUUGAAACGAGUGUGAUGCCACACAUCACAUCACAACAGUGUUUCUGGAGAGAAGCAGGAGCCGCGACUGAUCCUCAGGACAACUACACACCUGCUACACAA